CUUCUUGCAUCUUGAUCAGCUUCCAAAGCCCGAUAUUCCAAUUUCUAUUCAUCCAAUGGAAGUUUCUAAGGAAGACGAUCCUCAUAUGAGGCUUCUGGAGCCUGAAGAUAACACCUAAAACACUAAAUUGGAUAAGGCGAGGGUAUCGAAUUGGUCUGUUCAUCCUGUCAUUUGUCAACUUGAUUGCGAUAACAAGUGCAUUUGGAAGAGUGUUUCGGUACAACCGUUUAUUAGUUGACUUCAAGACUAAUUGGAGCCUCCAGCCUAUUGUUGAUAUCCAACUCGGCCAGAACAGGUGCCCUAGAGGAUAUGAAGACCUCGUCGUUGGUGAAUGGCCUGGAACCAAGGAGGGAUGAGAUUGUAGCAAGAAUUGGAGAGAUUCCGAUGACCUUAAGAUUGGUAGCUGUAGUGGAAGCCAGAAAAGUGAUGGAUGUACAGAUGUUUAUGAAAGAGGCUCGAUUCCUCUUAAUAAGUUCUACUCUUCAAGGAUCUGUGGAAAGAGACAAGGCGAAUCUUUUGAUAAAAGCGAGAGGCCAACUAAAAGUUUUGGAAUGGGCAAAUGUCCUAGAGAUUACAAAACAUGAGGAUCUGGUGAAGCUAAGAAUCAAUUUUGUGUGAAAGACUCACAACCUUGUCCAAUCAACGACAUCAUUAUCACUGAUACUACUUCUGAGAUUCCUGAAGGGAAUUACACAAAACUUAGCUUGGACUCUAACAUAGUGCUUGCCUUCACUGAUACGGCCUCUAAACUGCCUAUUGUCAGAACCAAGUUGUCUCAAGGCGAGGGUUGCAUUUGGGGAUUUUGAAAUGGGCUUAGGGGAUUUCAGUUGUCGAAUGAAGUGAGCACUCCUAAAGAUCGAACUUUUUAUAAACUACUAAAGAAAGAAAACUCAACAUGCGUGACUGAAAUUGCUGACUCUUACACAGACCCAAGGUAUUUUCUAGUCGGUGAGAUCAGAGAAGAUAGACUCUAUAGUACGAAUGGGGUCAGUGAAGUUACGAAGGACUUGCCGUUCUAUCCUGAGGGGGAGGAGGAGUUUUGGGGGUUUUAUGUGAAUAGGUAUUAUGAAUGGAGUUUGGAGUGAGAGGUGUAUUAUGGGGUCAGUAGGAAGGAGCUUUUGGGGUCUGUUGAAGGGUCUGGCUCUGUUACUGACUCGUUAGGGGUAGCAUUACUUCUAGGACUCUUGUUUUUUAUGCUUUGUGCGAUUUUUGUAUGCAUUUUCUCAUGAUUUGAUAAUAAUACUUUGAGAUAUUGUAAUCUUACUCAAAAGAAACCAAACUAUAUAAUCCUGGGUAUGAAGAUUGGUCUGAUGUUGAUUAUUCUUUGGUGCUGCCUCUCAAACAUUAUAAGCACAAUAUCUUUUAACGCAGUUGUGAGAGAAUUAGAAGAAGCUCAGUGCUCAGAUCCCUUCACUGACAGCAUAUUCUCAAGCUAUAGUGAAGAACUGUCUUCAUCCAGAGGAAACAAUAUCUUUGCAACAAUCGUAUCACUUGCUAUACUAGCUAUAUGCUCAAUAUAUUCCUAUUUGGUUUGGAAAGGAAAAUUUGAUCAAUUUUAUGAUAGAAACUAAGGAAAUAUGCAUCAAUCUUCCUUAUGCCAUCUCUGAACUCCACCUAAUCCACUCAAGAUAGCAUUUCCAACCCCACUUAAAGAUCCGAAAAACCAUAAAAACUAUUUU